AUGAUUGAUGAAGUAAAGAAGUAUGUAGAGUACGUAAAAUUUAAGUACCCUUACUGGAACAGAACCUUGGGUGCUGAUCAUUUUUUUGUGACUUGCCACGACAUCGGAGUCAAGGCUACUAAAGGAGUUCCACAUCUGAUGAAAAAUUCUAUUAGAGUGGUUUGUUCAUCACGUUAUGACGACGAUGAUUAUAUUCCACACAAGGAUGUUACCCUACCACAAGUACAGCUACCAUUUUUUCACCCUCCAGGAGGGAAUGACUUCAAGAAUAGGAACACGCUUGCUUUCUGGGCUGGUCUUUCUGACUCAACAUUGAAAGAUAAUCUAAAAGCUAUCUGGGACAAUGAUACUGAACUAGACAUCCAGAAUAACAGAAUUGAUUUUAGAUCGACUGGACAAGUGGUAUUCAUGGAGAGACUUUAUAAAUCCAAGUUUUGUUUGUGCCCUCAUGGGCCUAUCGGCAGCAGUCGUAUCUCGGACUCGAUCCACUUUGGGUGUGUACCAGUUAUCAUGUCAAACUAUUAUGACUUGCCUUUUAAUGAUAUUCUGGAUUGGAGGAAAUUCUCUGUUAUACUGAAGGAGACUGACGUUUAUCGGCUCAAAGAUAUUCUCAAAAGCAUAUCUGCGAAACAUUUCAUGAUAUUGAAUCAGAACUUAGUAAAGAUCCAAAAGCAUUUCAAUUGGAAUACACCUCCUGUCAGACUAGAUGCAUUUCAUAUGGUCAUGUAUGAACUCUGGCUACGCCGCCACCUGAUUAGGUACUGAUUUUUUCAAUGAAUUUACGCAGUACUAUAGAAAGCAAGGAAUUGUUUCUGUACUUAAAUGUUGAUUCACCACUCCUGACCCCACCUUGGAAAAUCCGCAAAACAAUUGUAACCUGAACUCAAAAUUGGCAAGGAAUUGUUUCUGUACAUAAAUGUUGAUUCACCACUUAUGACCCCACCUUGGAAAAUCUCCAAAACAAUUGUAACCACAAAAGUAAUUUUUGGCUCACGAACUUCACUGUAUAAAAUACGGGAAGUAACAGAGCCCCUUUUAGUAGAAUAAUUGUUUAGGUCUGCACGAAACUUCAAAACAGUGGAAGAAAUAAAAGAUAUUUUGAAAUGUGCUUGCGAGAAAGCAAAAGAUUCUGGUGCAUAUACCAAAAGACUGUUUAGGUCUGCAUGAAACAUUAGUGUACCUCCUUCAGAGUACUCAAAGACUUCAUUGCAGAAUUUUGUG